AUGGCCACAAUCUCCUCCUUGAAUCUGGCCAGCCUCCGGGGCAGCCUGAUGGUGUCCAUGAGCUGGGCCCUCACCUCACAUUUGCUGACGACGCGGCUCUCGGAGAUGCUGGGGACCACGACGGCCACGGCCAGCACGAGCAACAACCCCAGCUUCAUGCCAACACGUUCUGAGGGGAGAGCGGGUCAAAGAGGGCGGUCCUCCAUACACAGAAUCAUGAAGAGAGACAUGUUGAGAAAGAAACUAAAAGAGGACUUGUGCCGCUACGUUUCUUACACCACAAUGUACAUCGACAUGACAGAGCUGGAGGGAGAACUGGCCGCUGUGUUGAGGGACACUCCGGCUGGUCUGGAGCAGCUGGACGGCUUCCUGGAUGCAGUGGAGAAGCUGGCUGUGACCUCAAAGCACGUGUUCACCAGGAACCAGAUACUAGACCUGUCCAAUGACACCCACCUGGACACUAUCCAGGCUAUCAUCACUGCUGCACGGCACGCCAGCCCUCUUCUUCUGGAGUUUAAAAGAGACGCAAAAGCCUUUUUCCAGCCCAAACUUCCGAAUUUGGAGGUGCUGUCUUAUCAGCUGGAUAGAUAUGUAAAGACCACCAAUAUGAUAUGUGAGAAGCUGCCACGAAGAUGA